CAGCGCUGGCGGGGGAAGACAGUAGCGCUGGCAGCAUCAGAGCCCCAGCAGUGCGCUCCGUCAAACCGUUUGUUGCCGGGAGAUCAGCGCUUCGCAAUAAAACACAGACUUAACCGAAGGAGUACAUUCCUCCUGUGGAUCUAAACUUAUAAUAAUAGUGAUGGCAGUUACUCAGGCUGGAUGUGACUUGACAUACUGCAGGAUGAGGGGCAUCGUGUCCGUUCUUACCGCUUUUAUUAAAGAAAGGAAGAUGGGCUUAAACGACUUCAUCCAGAAGCUUGUUUCCAACCCUCCCAUCUGUCAACAUGCCGAGGUUGGUUCGUUCUUAAAAAUCGAUGAGAACCAGAACGAGGAGCUGGAGGAGGGUCACCUGUGCUUGACCAACCCCAGGAGCUCUUUGGCUGAGGAGACUCAGAUCAAACCUUCAGAUUUUGACUACUUAAAGAUCAUUGGCAAGGGGAGCUUUGGAAAGGUUCUGCUCGCAAGGCACAAGGAAAAUGAGCAAUACUAUGCUGUGAAAGUACUGCAGAAGAAAAUCAUUCUGAAAAAGAAAGAGCAAAAGCAUAUCAUGGCAGAAAGGAAUGUAUUAAUGAAAAAUAUCAAGCAUCCGUUCCUGGUGGGGCUGCACUUCUCUUUCCAAACCACAGAUAAACUGUAUUUUGUGCUAGACUACGUCAAUGGAGGCGAGCUGUUCUACCACCUCCAGCGUGAGCGGGUGUUUCUGGAGCCCAGGGCGAGGUUUUACGCUGCUGAAAUCGCUAGUGCACUCGGUUACCUCCAUGCACUGCACAUAGUUUACAGAGACUUAAAGCCAGAGAACAUCCUCCUGGACUCUCAGGGCCACAUUGUGUUGACAGAUUUUGGUCUAUGCAAAGAAGGACUGGAACCCAACGCCACAACCACAACGUUCUGUGGAACUCCUGAGUACUUGGCUCCCGAGGUGCUUCAGAAACAGGCAUAUGAUCGUACAGUGGACUGGUGGUGCCUGGGAUCAGUGCUGUUUGAGAUGCUGUAUGGACUGCCUCCAUUCUACAGUCGCAACACAGCCGAGAUGUACAGCAACAUCCUUCACAAGCCUCUAGUCCUGAAGCCCAACGUGUCCAACGCUGGCCGAGAGCUGCUGGAGGGUCUGCUGCACAAGGACCGUACCAAGAGACUGGGCUCCAAAGAUGAUUUUCCGGAAAUAAAGUUCCAUAGCUUUUUCUCACCCAUCAACUGGGACGACCUCAUGGCCAAAAAGAUCAUGCCUCCUUUCAUUCCUACAGUGACUGGUCCCACUGACCUCCGGCACUUUGACCCAGAGUUCACACACUUACCCGUGUCGACCUCCCUGUGCAACACCGAUCACCUGCACGUGACCAGCAGCGUACGGGAGGCUGCCGGUGCGUUCCCAGGCUUUUCUUACGGUCCCCCGGCUGACCAUGCCUUCCAGUAAAGGCUUCCAUGACCCUCCAGAACAUCCAUUCCAGCAUCACUAGACGCAUCCAGAAGAAAGACCACAGUGUGGGACACUUAGCUCUUCUGGUGUAUUUGCAUGCACGACCUCUCAGCACAAGGGACACUCGUGCAUUACCAGAAGGAAUGUGGGACAUUGUAGGACACAAACUACAGUAAUAACAACUUCCAGAAAAGAUGCAAUGUAUGCCAAUGGAUGCAGAGAGGACACAAGCUCAUACAGAUAGAGAGCUUAGAAGUGCCUAAGAGUUUAACUGAUGAUCUGUGGAAAAAAAACAGGCAUUUGUACAACAGACUAUUGCUUGCCAGAGACCGUGGCACCAGCUACUAGGCGAAACGCCUUUUGUGAUCUUUCACAUUUGAUCAAAAUGUCUAUGGAUGAUGUUUUUUUAAAUUGCAUUUUUCAUGCAUCAUUGCACAGUGGAGGUAAAGGAUCAAGAAAAGUACAAAAUACAACCCCCACCAGUACAAGAGGAUCCACAGGCUGUCCGAAUCAAAUAUAUAUAUUUUUUUUUACUGAAUACAUCCAUCUUCUUCCUUUUGACAAUUGUUAAUUUAAUAACUGCAUUAUUUGUCAUACUGCAUUAUAUUAGUGUGGUUUAGCUUAACUCUUCAGUCCUACCUAAAACUUCCUAAGCUACAUUUAGGUUUAUAUUAGAAGGAAAAUUAGCUAAACAAGGCUUUUAGCUGUGAUUACGUUAUUUGUCUGAAUGACUAGAAUGCAUCCUGUGUUCCUCCUAAAGUCAAUAUUUUGUCUUACAAGUACUUUCUUACCCUUUUUUUCUCCAAUGCCAGCACUUUUACACAAAUGCCAGACACUGUGUUUCCUGGAAAGACAAUUUUAGUAGUCGCACAUCGCAUUCUGUUGCGUUUAGUGAGAUGGAUGGAUGUUGUAUAUGUCUGUGUAUCUGAUGUGAUUGCUGUCCUUUGCAAACACAGCAUGUGGAUUAGAUUGUAUUGAAACCUUUGCAUCAUGUACAGAAGUUAUGUGGGAUUUUUGUUGUUGUUCAAAUUGUGCCUGUACAGCUAAUUUAUGUACAUUGUGAUACAUUUCCAUGUGUGUCUAUCAUUCCUGUCUGUAUCGCUCUGGGUUGGACAGGGACAUGGAAUGCUGUGCAAUAGAAAUGGUGACUUGAUAGCGACAUGAACAAUUUGUCAUGGGACGACUGAGUGGUAUCGGCUUAAUGAAGGAGAGGGGUUUGGAUGCCCUCAUGAAACGCAUCCCGGUUUUAAUUGUAAUAUACUGCAUAUCAUUGGACCAAUAAUGCGCUAUACAUUGUUCUUUAGAUAACUGCAAACAUGGCAAUAUGCAUAAAGUUUAUUUUCUUCCAUUUUUGGAAGUUAUUCAUAUAUUGUUUUAUAUUUUUCCAUGUAUAUUUAUUUACAUGUUGCAAAUUGUACCUCGAAUGAUCAGAGUAUUAAAUUCUUAGAACAAUGAAAUAUUGAGAAUGAUGUAUAUGAAUGCAAAAUAAACGUAAAAAUGACA